CCGGAUCGCGGCGCUGAUCUGGAAUGAUGGAGAGUCUGCCCUCUUAGUUUCUGGAACUUCCUCUCCCUCUGAAAUAACGCAGGAAAACUGAUUCCUCUGCUGGAAUUUGAUUCUUCUUUCUGUUCUUUUUUUUUUGGAGGAGAUCAGAGGGUUUUGCCUCCUGUUCCUCCUCCAGCCUCUUCAUGGUUUCCACCUGACAGCUGGAUUCUGCAGGAUUUUUGGGGAAGUGAGUGGGAUUGUGGGGCGAACCGUGUGGAUUUGGGAGCGUCUCUCCUGAACUCAGAGGGACCGGAUGGGCAGCAUGGAGCUGGGCAGCAUGGAGCUGGGCGCGCUGGGAUGUACUGGAAUGUUUGGAGGCUGCUGAGGAUGAGGAGGAUCUACCUGCUGCUGCUCUGCUGGCUGCUGGGAGCGCACAGCUCAGCCCAGGCCUCCGACGCUCCAUCCUCUUCCUCGUCGCCCGGCCCUGGCUUCGUGGACUUGGCCUUCACCGUGGAGCCCCAGGACACGGUGACGGUGCGGGGCGGGGCGCUGCAGCUGGACUGCCAGGCCCAGGCGGGCUCGGCGGGCCCCGCCUCCAUCACGUGGCGUAAAGAUGGCGUCCUGCUGAGCGCGGUGGUGGACGAGCGGCGCCGGCAGCUGGAGAACGGCACGCUGACGGUGCAGAACGUGGUGCACUCCCGGCACCACCGGCCCGACGAAGGGGAGUACCAGUGCCUCGCCACGCUGGACGGACUGGGAAGCAUCGUCAGCCGGACGGCCAAGGUCACAGUGGCCGGUCCGUUGAGGGUGAUCGUCCCCACCGACUCGGUCUCGUCGUUCCUCGGCGAUACCGCCCUGCUGCGCUGUGAGGUGUCCGGCGACCCGAGGCCCGUCAUCCGCUGGCAGAAGAACCGGGAGGACCUGCCGCUCAGCUUCCAGCCUAAGUCCCGGCUGGCGGUUCUGCCGUCCGGGUCGCUGCAGGUGAGCCGGGUCCAGCCGCCGGACUCGGCGACGUACCGUUGCCUGGCCGAACCCGGCAGCACCAGAACCGGGACGGACGCCGAGCUCCGAGUUCUGCCAGAGCCUGGACUCAGCAGGAACCUGCAGUUCCUGCAGCGUCCGUCCAGAGUAACGGCCCUGCUGGGAACCGACGCUGUGCUGGAAUCCGCCUCCGGAUACCCGACGCCCAGCAUCCAGUGGAGGAGAGGAGAGGAGGUCAUCCAGAGCUGGAACAAGAAGUUCUCGCUGCUCGCUGGCAGCAACCUGAUCAUCAGAACCGUCACCGACGACGACUCCGGCGCCUACAGCUGCACGGCCUCCAACAAGAACCAGAACAUCACGGCGCAGGCGGAGCUCAGCGUCCAAGUUCCUCCUCAGUUCCUGAACUACCCGACCAACAGCUAUGCCUACGAGGCGACCGACAUCGAGCUGGAGUGCGCCGUGACGGGGAACCCGCUGCCAGCCGUCCGCUGGAUGAAGAACGGAGAGGAAGUCAUUCCCAGCGACUACUUCCAGAUCGUGGACGGAACCAACCUGCAGAUUCUGGGCCUGGUGAAAUCAGAUGAAGGAUUUUAUCAAUGUGUGGCUGAAAACGCAGCCGGCAGCGCGCAGGCCAUGGCCCAGCUGCUGCUGAGAGAGCCAGUAUGUCCCCCAGCCCAGGCGUUGCCCCCCUCUGCCCCCCGCGACCUGGUCCCUGUCCUAGUGUCCAGCCGGUUCGUCCGGCUCAGCUGGCGCCCCCCGGAGGAGACCGGAGGAGGCGUGCAGACGUACGGCGUCUACUACUCCCAGGCCGGAGUUGAGAGGGAGCGGUCAGUGAACGUGUCGGAGCCGGAGUCUCUGGAGCUGACCGUGUCCAACCUGAAGCCCGAGGAGAGCUACAGCUUCAGGGUGGUGGCGUACAGCGAGGCGGGGCCCGGCCGCAGCUGCCCCCUGCAGAUCGCCACCAAGCCCGACCUCCAGGUCCCCAGCAGGGUGGAGUCUCUGCGGGCGCUGGCUCUGUCCCCCACCUCCAUCCAGGUGAGCUGGGAGCCGCCCAGCCUCCCUAACGGACCCGUCCUGGGCUACCGGCUGCUGUGGACCGAGAGCCCGUCCGGGAAGGAGCAGAGCGUGGAGGUGAGCGGGACUAACUACAAGAUGGACGGACUCCACAGGUUCACCGAAUACACGGUCCGGGUUCUGGCCAUCAACCGCUACGGACCGGGCACCGCCUCCGAGACCGUCACUGUGACGACGCACUCAGACGUUCCCAGCGCUCCUCCUCAGAACAUCACCCUGGAGGUCGUCCUGUCCCGGAGCAUCAAGGUGUCAUGGCAGCCGCCCCCUCGCGGCGCCCAGAACGGCGUCAUCACCGCGUACAGGAUCAAAUACAGGAAGACUGGCCGCCGUGGAGACCAGGAGGCCAUCGAACCCAACAACUUCUGGUACCUGUUCACAGGUCUGGAGAAGGGCAGUCAGUACAGCUUCCAGGUGGCGGCCAUGACGGUGAACGGAACGGGUCCCUCCAGCGACUGGUUCACCGCCCAGACGCCGGAGAACGAUUUGGACGAGAGUCAGGUUCCGGACCAGCCCAGCUCGCUGCACGUCCGGCCGCUGCCCAACAGCAUCAUCAUGUCCUGGACGCCGCCGCUCAGCCCCAACAUCCUGGUCCGCGGUUACAUCAUCGGCUACGGAGUGGGAAGCCCGUACGCCGAGACGGUCCGAGUGGACAGCAAGCAGAGAUACUACUCCAUCGAGAACCUGGAGCCGAGUUCUCACUACGUCAUCUCACUGAAGGCCUUCAACAACGCCGGGGAGGGAGUUCCUCUGUACGAGAGCGCCGUGACCAGAUCACUGACAGACCCCAUUGACCCGUUAGAGGACGACCUUUUCCACCUCUUUGAUAAAUUCCCAACUCCCAUGCCAGACACCAGCACUCCCAUGAUCCCCCCAGUAGGAGUCCAGGCCGUGGCGCUGUCCUCGGACUCGGUCCGCGUCUCCUGGGCCGACAACUCUAUGACCAAGAACCAGAAGUCGUCGGAGGUCCGGUACUACUCCGUCAAGUGGAAGUCCAGCGUCUCGACCAGCGGGAAGUACAAGUCUGCAGACACCACGGCUCUCAGCCACACUGUCACCGGACUCAAACCCAACACCAUGUACGAGUUCGCCGUCAUGGUGACCAAAGGUCGGAGGUCCAGCACCUGGAGCAUGACGGCCCACGCCACCACGUAUGAAGCAGCUCCAAGCUCCGCCCCCAAAGACCUGACGGUCAUCAGUCGGGAAGGACGCCCUCGCGCCGUUCUCAUCAGCUGGCAGCCGCCGAUGGAAGCGAACGGACGGAUCACAGGCUACAUCCUGUUCUACACCCUGGAUAAGAACAUGGCGAUCGACGACUGGGUGAUGGAGGCCAUCAGCGGCGACCGGCUGACCCACCAGGUCGUGGAUCUGAACCUCGACACCGUUUACUACUUCAGGAUUCAGGCCAAAAACGCCAAAGGAGUGGGCCCUCUGUCGGAGCCGGUCCAGUUCAGGACGGCUAAAGUGGAGCUUCCAGACAAGAUGGCCAACGAUCAAGGUCGGGGAGAACACGCCUUCUGGCCGUCCGACACCAACCUGAUCGACAGGAGCAGCAUCAACGUCUCCAUUGGUCAGAUGCGUCCGCCGCACGGCAGCGUCACGCCUCAGAAGAACAGCUACCUGCUGGUCAUCAUCCUGGUUUCCGUGGGCGCCAUCAGCGUGGUGGUCGUCACGGCGCUCGUCUGCAUCCACCGCUCGUCCUCCCAGCAGAGGAAGAAGCGGGCCAGCCACGGCGCCGGGAAGCGGAAGGGCAGCCAGAAGGAGCUGCGGCCGCCGGACCUGUGGAUCCACCAUGAGGAGAUGGAGAUGAAGAACCUGGAGAAGGCGCCGAGCAUCGCGCCGUCCGGACGCGACUCGCCGCUGCAGGCCUGCCAGGACCGCCCCCAGGUGGCCCACAGCCAAUCAGAGAGCCAGAUGGGCAGCAAGAGCAGCCACUCAGGAGCCGACGGCGACGAGGCGUCCAGCGGCAUCUCCACUCUGGACCGGUCCGUCACGGCCAGGAGGGGAACCAGGGGCAAGAUGAUGAUCCCCAUGGACCUGCAGCCCAGCAACACGCCUGUGGUCAGCGCCAUCCCGGUUUCUACGCUGGAAUCCUCUCAGUAUCCGGGGAUUCUGCCGUCACCGUCCUGCGGCUUCACGCACAACAAGUUCAGCCUCAGGCCCAUGCCGUUCCGCCUGACGGUGGACAGAGGAUACACAGCAGCGAUGCCGUCGGACUCCUCCGCCGCCCCCCUGCUGCAGCAACAGGCUCCGCCCCCUCCGGCCGCCCCGCUGCUGCCCGGCUCUGCCGCUCCCGCCGCCGACCUGGCCCCCCGGUGGGGCCCGUGCCCGGCCGCCGCCGCAUCGGGCCCCUCGGAGGAAGCCCAGGCGGCGGCCGCGCGCAGCAUCCCUACGGCCUGCGUCCGGCCCACGCACCCCCUGCGCAGCUUCACCAACCCUCUGCUGCCGCCGCCGAUGGGAACCAUCGACCCCAAGGUCUACACCUCCAUGCUGCCGCAGGCCAGUGCCAGCCUGCCGAAGCCCCAGGUGAAGACGGCGUCUCUGGGUCAGGCUGGGAAGGCCCGCUCCCCUCUGCUGCCCGUCUCGGUACCGACGGCGCCGGACCUGCAGGAGGAGGGCGGAGCCAAACCGCCGGAGGAUUCAGCCGCCAACGUGUAUGAGCAGGACGACCUGUCGGAGCAGAUGGCCAGUCUGGAAGGACUGAUGCAGCAGCUCAACGCCAUCACCGGCUCCGCCUUCUAACCGCCACCUGGCCCGGACCGGACCGGACCGGCCCUUUCUCAGCCACGGACCGAUCUGCUCUGACUGACUGGUUGCCCAGAUCUCCAUCC